GCUUGACAAGGACUGGGUUUACAACAAAACGCCUGGAAGGUAUGUAAAUUAUGUUUUUAUGUCAUAAAUUUACAGACAUUAAAACUGAAUGAACUGCAGUAAACAUUUACUUGCCUUGGAUUUCUAUAAUGUCUUUGAUGCUGGACUGUUAAUAUUGUAUAUUUACUGACUGAAGUUUAAAAUGUCUAUAUUCCCUGGGCAUAUUGCAGCAUUACCAGCUCAUCAUCUGAAGGGGCAGUGGCGUACAUACCAGGGUCGCAGGGGUCGCGGCUGCGACUGGGCCCGGCCCACCAGGGGGCCCGGCCGCCCCUGCGACCUGGUAUGUACCCACAGGGCCAGCCUCUUCUCCUGGGGGGCCCAGGAUGCGGCCACCUCAGGGCCCCCCGAGGCUGGCCCUGCUGACCCCGGAGGGCUGUCUGUCUGGCCGGCGCGUGAAGGAGCACUCUGCUCUGAGUGCUUCCUCUUCAGCUCCCUCACGCACCGCACUGAUACCGGAGCCCGAAGAUGACGUCAUCUUCCGGCGCCGGCAUCCCUAUGCGGCGCGCGAGGGAGCUGAAGAGGAAGCACUCAGAGCAGAGUGCUCCCUCACGCGCCGGCCACCCAGACAGACAGCAAGCCAGCUGCCGAGGUCAGCAGCACCACUGGACCCCAGGGAAUCCCCUCAGCAUUCCAAAAGGUAAGGAGGUUGGGGGAUUAAAUUAAAAAAAAAAAAAUGUGUGUGUGUUUGUGUGUCUGUUAGUGUGUGUUAGUGUGUGUGUGUUAGUGUGUCUGUUAGUAUGUGUUAGUGUGUGUGUGUUAGCGUGUCUGUUAGUAUGUGUGUGUGUGUUAGUGUGUGUGUGUUAGUGUGUGUGUGUGUGUUAGUGUGUGUGUUAGUGUGUGUGUGUGUGUGUGUUAUUGGGUGUGUGUCUGCUAGUGAGUGUGUUACUGUGUGUGUCUGUUACUGAGUGUGUUUGAUGUCUGUUAGUGAGUGUGUGAUUGUCAGUGAAAGUGUAUGUUUUGUGAGUGUGAAUGUAUGUCUGUCGCUGAGUGUGUCUCUGUCAGUAAAUGUGUGUGUCUGUUAGCUAGUGUGUAUGCGUCUGUUGGUGAGUGUGUGUGUGUGUGUGUCUUCAGCAUUUACCUUUCUCCAGUGUCGGACUCCCUUGGCGCUGGGGAUCCCUCUGCCUCUCAGCUCCGAAUGCGCAAGAGGCGCGCGCGCAUUUAAACCGCCCAUAGGAAAGCAUUACUCAAUGCUUUCCUAUGGACGUUCAGUGUCUUCUCACUGUGAUUUUCACAGUGAGAAUCGCGGAAGCUCCUCUAGCAGCUGUCAAUGAGACAGCCACCAGAGGCUGGAUUAACCCUCAGUGAAACAUAGCCGUUUCUCUGAAACUGCUAUGUUUUCAGCUGCAAGGUUAAAACUAGAGGGACCUGGCACCCAAACCACUUCAUUGAGCUGAUGUGAUCUGGGUGUCUGUAGUGGUCCUUUAAGUGUGUGUGCAUACCACGGUCGCAGGGUCGCAGCCCUGCAACCCCUGCGACCAGGUGCCUGCCGUCAUGUGUUGCGGCCCGACCCGCGCAGAGUAAGCGCGGGGGGGAGGGGGGCCCACGGAUCAAUUUUCGCACCGGGGCCCCAUGGGUCAUGUGUACGCCACUGUGAAGGGGUAAGCAACCUUUGGUAAUAAAGAGGUUGUGGACUACAUCUCCCAUGAUGCUCUUACAGCCACAUGCCACAUCAGGGGAGAUGAAGUCCACAACCUCUUUAUUACCAAAGGUUGCUUACCCCUUCAGACAUACUUGAAAACGAGAGAAAUCUCAAAUGUAUCUUUCCUGGUAAAAUAUUUUAUAAAUAAUAAAUAAUGUAAUUCCAAAGGUUGCCUACUCCCGAUCUACUGCUUUCUGUGGACAGCUCACAACUAAAUUAAUAAUAAAAUACAUUGCAAAUAGCAAAGUUGUAAAAAAAUGCUGUAGCUUAUUUAUUUUUGUAAUUAUGCAUAUAAGAAGCAUAGGUAAAAUCAUGUUUCCUCUCUUUUACAGUGUUUAGAGUAAGAUACAUGAAUUGUGUGAGGCGUAAAUUCCAGCAUAUUCAAGACACUAAUGCCCGCCUUGGUGAUGCUGUUGCUUUUAAAAAAAGAUUCACAAGACUGCUAAUGAUACAGGAGCAUCGCACUGAAGAGGAAAGAGAGCAUGAACUAACAUUUACUGGAAGGAUGCACUUGCGGAUAAUGGCUAAUCGUUCGUCAGAUGAAUAUUCACCAACAUCUAUUCUAUCUCUGUUUGAUCCUGAUGAUGAUGAACUAAUUCCAGAAAUCGUGGUGAUACAGGGGCCAGCUGGCAUUGGAAAAACUAUGACAGCCCAAAAGAUCAUGCUUGAUUGGGCCUGUGGGAACCUGUAUCAGAACAUGUUCAAUUUUGUGUUUUACAUGAGUUGUAGGGAAAUAAACAACAUUAAUAAUCAAAUAAGCAUUGCUGGUUUGAUAUACAAAUUAUGCCAGCUAAAGUGUCCACCAAAUCUGAUGAAAGCAGUUUUUGAAGAUUCAGAUAAAAUACUUAUUAUUGUUGAUGGUUUUGAUGAAUUAAGAUGUAAGCUUAGGAAUGACAUGGAGAUGUGUGAUGAUCCAUUUCAAGAGACCUCCAAAGAAAUCCUCAUCAAAAGUCUGUUUGAAAAGCAGAUUCUCGAGGAUGCCUCACUUAUAAUCACAACAAGGCCAUUUGCGUUAGACAGACUGAGAGAAUAUGUAAGUUUUCCCCGUUAUGUGGAACUUCUUGGGUUUACAGAGCGUGACCGUGAGGACUACUUCCACAAGUUCUUCCAAAAUAAAGAACUAGCAGAAGCAGCUCUAAACAUUAUUAAAGAAAAUGGAACCCUAUUUACAAUGUGUGUUGUCCCUAUAACAUGCUGGAUUAUAUGUACUGUAAUGAAACAGCAAUUAGAAAGGGGUAUAUAUGCAGUCUAUGCCAAAACAUCCACCUCUGUUUAUAUGCUCUAUGUAAAACAUUUAUUAAAAGUUCAUGGGAGAAAUUCUAACUUUAGUUUAAUAACAUGGGUAAGGAAGCUCUGUGCGCUCGCAAAUAAUGGAAUUUGGGAACAGAAAAUCCUGUUUGAUGAAGAAGACAUUAUGGAACAAGGACUUGUAAUAUCAGACAUAGAAUCUCUCUUUCUAAAUGAAAAUAUCUUUCAAAGGGACAUUGACACUUGCACCUGUUACAGCUUUGUUCAUCUAAGUGUACAGGAGUUCUUUGCUGCCUUACAUUAUGUAAUUAAGGAGGACACAGAAAGCAAAGACAGUUCAGAAAAUCAUCAAAUCCAUGAGGCAUCUGUGGAAACUGAGAACAACCAUGAUUUGGAUGAAUUAAAAUUACAGAGGAAUUUCCAAAACCUCUUGAAGCAGUCCAAACAACAUCAACACUUACUCUUAACAGUCCGUUUUCUAUACGGACUCUCCAGUGAAACUGAAACACAUACACUUCAACAAAUGUUUGGGUUUAGCAUGUCAAGUGAAAUGAGAUCUAUAUUGGAAGAGUGGCUUCAGAAAGAGUUCCCUUUUAAUGAUCAUGAAAACUUGCACUGUUUAUACGAGACACAAGAUGAAUACUUUGUCAACAGGGUUAUGUCUCGAUAUAUACAGCUUGAAAUUGGUUCAGAUUUUAAUAUGCAAGCUCUUUCAUAUAGUUUGAUGAAUAGUUCAAAAAAUCACCACAUUUGUUUUUUUGAAAUUUUCUUUGGUCCAAAGUCCCAGCAAACUUUGACUAACCUGCUUCACAAGUGCUUUGAACUUCA